CGCACUGUACUGUUGUCAUUAAACGUCAACUUUGACAGUCCUCCGAAGACCACCAAAGUUUAAACAUGUGUCGUGUUUCACGUCUAAUUCCGUGUUAACCCACUAUGUAAAUAAACACAGUGGUUAAAAUGGCAAAACGACUAACCGAAGAGAUGGUCAUCGCACGGACCAAAAUCUCCGAUCUUGGUAAAAUCAAGCGACUCAACUGUUGGGGUAGUGAACUCGUGGACGUCUCCCUGUUGCGCAAAAUGCCCAGUGUGGAGGUUUUAUCUCUCAGCAUUAACAAAAUCAAUAGUUUGGUCGAUUUCCAAUUAUGCAAACGCUUAGAGGAGCUCUACAUACGCCAAAACGACAUUCGCGACUUGAAUCAAGUAGUCUACUUGCAAAAUCUCCCCAACUUGAAGAACCUCUGGUUGGGGGAAAACCCUUGUGCUAACGCAGACGGCUACCGACUUGCUGUAAUCAAAGCUUUGCCUCAGCUUCAAAAGCUCGACAACGUUCAAGUGUCUCAAGAAGAAUUGCGAGAGGCUCAAAGAAAAGGUCGUGUGUUGUGUCAUCCCGAUGACGCGCAAGACAGUGAAGAGGAAUACGCCCCGCCACAGCCCCAGUACUACUCCGAAUCGGAGUACAGUCCCGUACAGAGGAGUCCCCCGAGACAGGAGCCCGACUAUGAAAUCGAAGAAAGUGAAGAUCUGUAUCCCAAAGAUGAGGUUUCAGAAGAAAGUAAAGAAUAUUCGCCACCGAGACAGCCCAGCCCCCCUCGUCGGACGGAACCAGUGCGUCGUAGCUACUCCCCGGAGCCCCCUGCGUACGUAGAACGUCGUCGUAACAGCUACGAGCGUGAAUCCCCCAAACAGCCCCCUCAAUACUACGACCAAAGGUGUCCCGCCGAUCACGCAUUCGAAGAUAACACCCAUCACUGUGAUAAUAAUUAUAGAGAAGUGAAACUCGUUAACAGCCAAUCAGCUAAUUGCAUUAAGGAAUAUACGAAUGGGGAUCGGUACGCGCACUCGCAAUACAGAGAGAGCGACUCGUCGGCGCACAGUCAUAGGUGUCCGGCGGCGGCCCAUAGGCCCCCAUUUGUGCGACGACCUGUGACGAGGAAUUCGAAUAUUUUGUCGGCGGUUUUGCGACUGGUGAAGGAGUUGGAUUAUCCGAGUUUGGAGGUGGUGGAGAUGGAGGUGAGGUCGAGGAUGGACGAGUUGGAUGAAUGACGAAAGGAUAAGUCGUCACAGGACGAUACAGCACAAGAGAUGACAGAGUGAUGACCAAGGGGGCGCAGCGCACAGCAAGGAUUGUAUUUAUUACUUAUCUAUUUUUAAUUUUUUAUUUACUUAAUGCAGCUAAUUUGAGUAUUACGUAAGGUCGAUAAUGAUCUAAUAACUAAAAAUAAAAGUCUGAUUUUUUCUUAUUUUGCAUCGCAAGCUUCAUAAUUGUAUAUAAAACUGCCACGAAUUAAAUGUUAACAAGACAAGUUGUAAACGAGACUAUUUUUCAUUAAUUAUUAUGUUUUUGUGGUUUCGUAACUCACUUGUUGUUGUUUGCAAAUUUGAAUCGUUUCAUUCCCUCCAUUUAGACUGUUAUUGUUUAAAUAUUUUAUACUGUUAAUCUAGUCUUUAGUUGAGUAACUUUUCAUUUGUCCUUGACGUUAAGUAUUAAAAUAAGUGCAAUUUGUAAAAUUAUUAAUAAAUUAAUAUUAUUAUGUGCGGGUUUCUAGC